AUGAAGAUCAUACUGCUGACCUUGGGGCUGUGCCUGGUCUGUGGCCUCCAGGCUCUUGAUAACAACACUGAAGACCCAUCAGGGCUUGAUGGAGAGUGGUACACUGUUGCAUUGGGCUCAAACAGAACAUCUAAGAUUGAAGAAGGAGGUACCUUCAGAAAGUUUGUCAAAUACAUCAAUGAAAGAGAUGGUUAUCUACAUGGAAAGUACUUGAAAAAGGAAAACAACGAAUGCACUUUUCUUGAUGUGAUUGCUUUCACAGGAGCAAAUGGUCAACUGCAAGUGGAAUAUGAUGGACAUAAUGAGUUCUCCAUUCAAAGCAUAGGCUCUAACUAUGUUAUAAUUAUCGUGUACAAUAUCAAGAAUGGGAAAGUAACAGUUGUAUCAGAACUCUAUGAUCGAUGUGAGGACCUUAGUGUGAAAAUUAUGACCCGACCUUUUUAUGGCUUUGUAGAUGAAAGAGUUAAAGAUGUUUCCCUUAAAAGUGUGGGCUCUGAUCAUGCAAUAUUUAUCUCAUAUAAUUUCAACAAUGGGAACAUGAUCAUUUGGGCAGAGCUUUAUGUGCCACAUCAUCAGUAA